AUGAUCGCCUCGAACCUCCUUCCUUCGCGCUUCCGGGGGGAACAACCGCCGUCCCAGAAUGCCGCACCAUCAUGGCUGAACAAGAAGGUCACGCCCCUCCUUCAAGUCCUUGCACGGCUCACCUCCACCCACCCCAUCCAUACCAUCGUCAUUGUCGCCUUGUUAGCCAGUUCCUCCUACAUUGGCCUCCUUGAGGAGAGUCUGUUCGAUGCCACCAGGAGCGUAAGGAAGGCGGAAUGGUCCUCCCUCGUCGAGGGCAGCCGACUGCUGCGGGCAGCCGAGGACACGGCCUGGAACUGGCAGCCCUUCGAUACCGACGCGGCGAUCCCCGCAACCGCCGACCACCUGGCCCUCCUGACUCUCGUCUUCCCCGAAUCACUGUCGACGGACCCCGCCAAGGCGCCUCCCCUGGCCAACACCGUGCCGAUUCCCCAAAACCUCUCGAUACGGCCCUUGCCCACGACUUCCAAUUCGUUCACGACCUACUCGCAGGACAGCGCCUUGGCUUUUGCCAUCCCGUUUAACCAGGCGCCCGAGUUUCUCUCGAAUGUCCAAGAGAUCCCCAACGGCAUCUCUUCGCAAGAGACCCGGGAGACCGAGCAUGGCCACGAGAAGAAGAUGUGGAUCAUGAAGGCUGCCAGGGCGCAGACUAGGAGUAGCAUCGCCAGAUGGGUCCGGAACGCGUGGGUUGAGUUCAUUGACCUCCUCAAGAACGCCGAGACGCUUGAUAUCGUCAUCAUGGCCCUUGGCUACAUCUCCAUGCACCUCACCUUCGUCUCGCUUUUCCUGUCGAUGCGUCGCAUGGGCUCCAACUUUUGGCUCGCCACCAGCGUCCUCUUCUCGUCCACUUUCGCCUUCCUUUUCGGCCUCUUCGUCACCACGAAGCUCGGUGUCCCAGUCUCCAUGGUUCUGCUUUCCGAAGGCCUUCCAUUCCUGGUUGUUACCAUUGGCUUCGAGAAAAACAUUGUUCUCACUCGUGCCGUCUUAUCCCACGCGAUUGAGCACCGCAGGCCAGAGAAUGGGCCUUCCAAGGGUUCCAAAAAAAGCAAUGUAUCCGGCAGCGUGAUCCAGUCGGCCAUCUAUGUUGCAAUCAAAGAGAAGGGUUUCGGGAUCGUCAAGGACUAUGCCAUCGAGGUUGGCGUCCUCGUUCUUGGCGCUGCCUCGGGUGUACAGGGUGGCCUCCAGCAGUUCUGCUUCCUAGCCGCUUGGAUCCUAUUCUUCGACUGCCUUUUGCUCUUCUCGUUCUAUACGGCAAUUCUCUGCAUCAAACUCGAGAUUAAUCGGAUCAAACGCCACGUCGAGAUGCGCAAGGCCCUUGAGGACGACGGGGUCAGCCGCCGAGUUGCGGAAAACGUGGCUCAGAGCAACGACUGGGCCCGGGCGGAUGGCCAGGAUCAGCCGGCAACAACCAUCUUUGGCCGUCAGAUCAAGAGCGCGCACAUCCCCAAAUUUAAGGUGCUGAUGGUCUCGGGCUUUUUCCUCAUCAAUGCGCUUAACCUCUGCAGCAUCCCCUUCCGGAGCGCCAAUUCGAUUUUGCAGAUUUCCUCCUGGGCCCGCGGUCUGGGCGGUGUAGUCACCCCACCGCCCGUCGAUCCGUUCAAGGUGGCCUCAAACGGUCUCGACAUGGUCCUCGAGGCUGCCAAGUCAACAGGCCGGGAAACGUUUGUCACAGUUCUCACCCCGAUUCGCUACGAACUCGAGUUCCCCUCGGUUCACUAUGACCUGCCACAGGACGUCGGCAACACUGACGAUGAAGGCCUCGGCGAGCUUGCCGGUUACGGCGUCGGCGGUCGCAUGGUCGGCAGCAUUCUCAAGAGUCUCGAGGAUCCUAUUUUGUCCAAGUGGAUCGUUGUCGCCCUGGCCAUGAGCGUCGCGUUGAACGGCUAUCUUUUCAACGCCGCGCGAUGGGGCAUCAAGGACCCUAACGUGCCCGACCAUCCGAUUGACCCCAAGGAGCUGGCCGAGGCCCAAAAAUUCAACGACACUGAGUCGGCCACUCUUCCGGUCGGGGGUUUCAACCGCGCCCCUCCGUCUCCGCCAUCCAUCCCACCAACUCCAGCAUUGACUGACGAUGAAACGGACGGCUCCCCAUCAGCAUCUCGCUCGGACUCAUCGAUCCCCGAUCAGCCUCUUGUCAUCCGCAGCAAGGAGGAGAUGGAGAAGAUGCUCUUAGACAAACGCGCUCACGAGCUCAACGACGAAGAGGUCAUUGAGCUCUCGAUGCGCGGCAAGAUCCCUGGAUAUGCUUUGGAAAAGACGCUCAAGGAUUUCACCCGCGCGGUCAAAGUCCGUCGGACUAUCAUCUCUCGGACCAAGGCGACCGCGGACUUGACGGGCCUCCUCGAACGGUCGAAGCUUCCGUACCAAAACUACAACUGGGCCCAAGUCCACGGAGCCUGUUGCGAAAAUGUCAUUGGAUACUUGCCGCUGCCCGUUGGUGUGGCCGGGCCGCUGGUUAUCGACGGGCAGAGUUAUUUCAUUCCCAUGGCCACAACGGAAGGUGUCCUAGUCGCCAGUACCAGCAGAGGAUGCAAAGCCAUCAAUUCUGGUGGCGGCGCCGUUACGGUUCUGACGGCUGAUGGCAUGACCCGCGGCCCGUGCGUCACGUUUGAGACUCUCGAGAGGGCUGGUGCAGCCAAGCUCUGGCUGGACUCGGAAAAGGGCCAGUCGGUGAUGAAGAAGGCCUUCAAUUCGACCAGCCGCUUCGCUCGCCUUGAGAGCAUGAAGACGGCUCUUGCGGGAACCAACCUCUACAUUCGCUUCAAGACAACAACCGGGGACGCCAUGGGCAUGAACAUGAUCUCCAAGGGCGUUGAGCACGCGCUCAGCGUCAUGAUGAGCGAGGGCUUUGAAGACAUGAACAUCGUUUCGGUGAGCGGCAACUACUGCACUGACAAGAAGCCUGCGGCCAUCAACUGGAUCGAUGGGCGUGGCAAGAGCGUGGUUGCCGAGGCAAUCAUCCCGGCCGAAGUGGUCAAGAGCGUGCUCAAGACGGACGUCGACAGCAUGGUGGAGCUGAACGUGAACAAGAAUUUGAUCGGCUCUGCCAUGGCUGGCUCGGUUGGCGGCUUCAACGCACACGCUGCCAACAUUGUGGCGGCCGUGUUCCUCGCGACGGGGCAGGAUCCGGCACAAGUGGUGGAGAGCGCCAACUGCAUCACCAUUAUGAAGAAUCUUCGCGGAUCUCUUCAAAUCUCCGUCUCGAUGCCCUCACUCGAAGUCGGCACGCUCGGCGGCGGCACCAUUCUCGACCCCCAGGCUGCCAUGCUCGAUAUGCUCGGUGUCCGUGGCCCCCACCCGACCAGCCCCGGCGAGAACGCCAGACGGUUGGCCCGCAUUAUUGCGGCCGCCGUUCUGGCCGGUGAGUUGUCGCUCUGCUCCGCCCUGGCCGCUGGCCACUUGGUCAGGGCGCACAUGGCGCACAACCGCUCUGCUCCGCCGACGAGGAGCACGACGCCGGCCCCGAUGACUUCGGGCAUGGAGCGGGCUGCGUCCACCACGGCGUUGAGUGCGGCGGCUGUUUCUCGCGCGCGGCGUUAG